CUUUUUCAACACCUCGGUCUUUUCCGGUUAUCCCAUAGCGUGCGCGAGGAUGAAGCAAAUUGUAACAAAUCAGACCGUGAAAAUACCUGAGGGAUUGACUGUCACAGUCAAGUCCCGAUUGGUAACUGUCAAAGGACCAAGAGGUAUUCUUAAACGUUCAUUUAAGCACCUUGCACUUGAUAUUCGUAUGAUCAGUCCAAGGAUAUUGAAAGUGGAAAAAUGGUUUGGCACAAAGAAAGAAUUAGCAGCUGUUCGCACAGUUUGCUCUCACAUUGAAAAUAUGCUGAAAGGUGUAACUAAGGGUUAUCAAUAUAAAAUGCGAGCUGUAUAUGCUCACUUUCCUAUUAACUGUGUCACAACUGAAAGCAACACAGUCAUUGAAAUCCGUAACUUCUUGGGAGAGAAGUACAUCCGUCGUGUAAAGAUGGCACCAGGUGUCACUGUCACAAAUUCGGCCAAACAAAAAGACGAACUUAUAAUUGAAGGAAAUUCUUUGGAAGAUGUCUCCCGUUCUGCUGCCCUUAUACAGCAGUCCACAACUGUAAAGAACAAGGAUAUUAGAAAGUUCUUAGAUGGUCUCUAUGUAUCUGAAAAAACUACAGUUGUACAAGAAGAAUAAAUGUUAUUCACAAUGUGAACGUAAUUUUUUUUAUUAA